GUUUUCAGGGCAAACUGAUAACUGCUUCACUAUAUAAAUGAGAGCGUGUUUGUGUGUGUGUGGCAAUACGGGAAAGUAAGACAAUUAUAACAGUUGGAUUUCUUAUUGGAGUCACAGUUUUUAAAAGCGAAAUAUGAGUGCGAUAUUGUUAUGUUUUGUGAUCUCUUUGCUAAGAUAUUUCUUUUUGUGUUCCUGCGACAGUAUUGUUGACGGCAAUGACAGAUCUGGCUUACUGAAGAAACCAGAUUAUAAGUUAUCAACACCUGAAAUGGUAAUGAAGAACGGAUACCCUGUAGAAAUUCAUGAAGCAACUACUAAGGAUGGGUACAUCCUCAGCAUGCAUCGUAUUCCAUAUAGCCCCAAGUCUAAUAAUUCAAGGACAAAUCGACCAGUGGUUUUCUUACAACAUGGCCUUUUCUGCAGUUCAAUAGACUGGGUGAUACUUGGACCCGGUAAAGCACUAGCGUAUUUAUUGGCUGACGAAGGCUAUGACGUAUGGCUAGGUAAUGCACGAGGCAACGUAUAUUCCCUCAAACACACAACCUUGACACCUCAACAAAAAGAUUUUUGGAAUUUCAGCUGGCAUGAGAUGGGUACUUAUGACCUACCUGCUGUCAUUGACUAUAUACUGGCCAGGACAAGGCAACAAGAUGUGUACUAUAUUGGACACUCCAUGGGCACUACUAUGUUUUUUGUGUUAACAUCCCUCAAGCCAGAAUACAACACCAAGUUUCGACUCACGAUUGCCUUUGCACCUGUUGUUUUCAUGUCAGAUGUGAAGAGUGACAUCUCAAAGCUCGCUGCUUUUAGUAGAACAGGGAAGCAAGCUGAUCAACUUUACAACAGUGGUAUUUUCUUUCCACCAAGAACAUGGGCUGAACACAUUCAGGUGGCUUGUAACAACAGGACCUUCACCCUAUGCAGUACCCUGAUCUUUCUGGUUGCAGGUUUUGAUCCACAAGAACUUGAUCCGAAACUCCUUCCAGUGAUACUAGCCCAUUAUCCUGCUGGAUCCUCCAUGAAGGCCUUGGUGCAUUAUGGUCAACUAAUGAGAACAGGCAAAUUCCAACAGUAUGACCAUGGCAGAGCUCUAAACAUUAUGUAUUAUGGAACUCUUGAACCUCCACCAUAUAACUUAUCUGCUGUGACAGCUCCUGUCAGCUUAUACAAUGGUAAAAAUGACUGGUUAUCAUCUAUAAAGGACACAGAAAAAUUAUAUUCAAAACUGCCGAACAUUGUUGGAAUGAAUCAGGUUCCAUUGGAUACUUUCAACCAUGCUGACUUCCAAUGGGCUAAAAAUGCAAAGACAUUACUCUACAAUGAUGUCAUCAAGUUCAUGAAAAAUUACUGAAUUUCAUGACUCAUAUGUCAGUUCUAAUGGGAAUGUUCCAACUCCGGGCUCCACAGGGAACGAGAUCGAGGAUACCAGGGUAUUUUGUGCCGGGAGAGAAGGAUAGGGGCCUUGAGGCGUACAGCAGUGUCAUGUGUUAAAAGAUUAUAUUAGUUCUAUUAUUAGAAUCAUCAUUGUACUAUCUUAGUACAUCAUUAUAUAAUUUAUUAUAUUAUUAUUCUUAUUUCUUAUUGUAAAGUAUUUGACUUGUCCAUGGAUAUGAAGUAAAUAAAUAAAAAUAAACAUAACAAAGACUUGGCAAAGCAAUUACCAAGGCCUGACCAUGUGUUUUCUGCAAGGUAAAAACCACUGGCAUGAU